GGUGUAGAAGAGCCGAGUGUGUAGUGCGUCAUUUGGAACACAACUUCAUCGUCAUCACUUUCGAAGUUGAUUUUCUAAGAACAGCACAUGCCGAAGAGUUUUAUUCCUCUUCCAUCACAGCAAUUUACCAGUGAUUUAUAAAUUUUUACUUAUUAAAGAACGGAAGGUCUCGUCUAACGCAGAAAUGUUUCGAGGUAUAUUUUGUUUUGUGACGUUGCAGUACUUUAUUGGUGUUACUGUGCUGGCGAUGGUUCCUGAACUUCCCGAAAUAGUCAACGGGAUCCAGUUCGCCCUGCAGAAUAACAUUAGUUUGAGCCUGGAGGUUGGAAAUUGUAUCGCUGUGCAAGUCUGCAUGCUUCAGAUUCCACUACUGAUCUUCUUCAAUGCUGUUUACGACGUUGGAUUUGUUCUCAUAUUUAGCGACUUGCACCUGUGGGCGAGCAUCUUCAGUGUCAUCCUGGUCAAUUACAUCUUCAUGGAUGGAAAGUGUGAUUAUUUCCAGGGAACGGCUCUGGUGGUAGUCUACCUCAUCCUCCUGGCGUUGUACUUCUUCGCUCCGUCUCCCCGUGGCUGCUGAUCAUCUAGAAUAUUCUCUCAACGUUGUAUUUCUCUCUCAUUUUACAGAAGACUUGUUUGUAUUUACGCUACUUCACCGUAUUUCGGGUGACGCUUCUCGAAUCGUUAUGUGUAUGCACGUUGCUAAAGGUGGGAUUGUAUAUAUUUCUUUACAGCUACAAUUCACACAGAAAUCUGCAAUGUGUUAAGCACUUAAAGAGGAUAUUUGUUUAUUAGAUUAUAUUCAGGGUCAAUAAAUCUGUCAAAAGGAAAAAUUUGUUGAAUUCAUUAAAAAAAAACCCAAAACAACAACAAAGUAUUAAAUGAUUUUUUGCUGGAGGUUUAUGUGGGACAGGGGACUGUGAUAAGUAUCCUGUACCCCCCCUGUGGUCCCUGUAAAUAUAACAUCAUACAUUAUAUUUGUGAAUCAGUUUCAGUAACUGGUGCUGUAAUAAAUGAGAGGAGAAUACAGUUGAACUUCAGAGGAAUAAUAGUUUCAUUAAACGGUAUCAAAUUGAAUUA